AUGAAUUACCAAUUCACACCAAGAGGUUACAAUAGAAAAACGAAGCAAAUUACCACAUCAAGAACGAGUUUACUGACGAUACCUCCGAGUCAAAAUUUUGAAAUUAGCAUAGAAGGGAAAGAUGGAGUUUGGUCGCCGGAUAUUGAACAAAGUUUCCGUGAAGCUUUGCUUAUUUAUCCUCCUUGUGGUCGCCGUAAAAUAGUACUUUCAGAUGAAGGGAAAAUGUUCGGUGAGUCCACUCUUCAAAAUUGUCGAAUUAUUUUAACAUAUUUCGCUGGUGAUCUCAGAUGA